CUGCGCAGGCACCACGUGAGUGUUGCAAAAACAUCUAAGAAGGGUCAGGAUGCGGCGUGCUCAAUGUCACCGAGUUUUACCAGCCACCUCCGACAUAAGAGCCGAUUUUAAAGCAGCAAUUCUUUUCCAUUCAGAAAAUUAGGAUAUUCUUCUGUGAGUGUCUUCUUUGUGUUCUCCAAGCCUCCCACUCUCCCCGACAGCGUGGAAGCUGCAUGGCCUCUUCGACCAUGUCCUCUCACCUUUGUGGAGUCUUGGAGCGGAUGAUGCGCUCCUCUUGCUGCCACAUCAUUAGAAGUAGAUCUUGUUUAGGACAAGCGGUUUUGGCCCCAGCAAGUUCUUCUAUCUGUGUUCAUGGGGCUCCUUUGCUACAUAGAAGGGCAUACAGCCUGGACCCAUUAGGUCCUGGUCGACUGUCACUUGCCGCAGGCUCCCAACAGCCUCGGUCAGACAGGACACCCCCCUCUCCAUCUCUAACUUACAGAAACCUGUCUGCCGCUGCUGUUAAGGGGCAGUUUCGACCACUAUCUCGGUUUGACUACCUGGAUCUUGGAAAAGUAGAGGAGAACAUACGACGUGCUCAGGCUUGCAAAAAAAGAAGGCACUUCAUAGUUAAUCCAGAUCUGGCUAAUGUUGUUGCACGCCAUGUGGCACCUGAUCCACUAGAUACCAAAUCUGUUAUCUUCGAAUGUAACCCAGGUCCUGGAGUGUUGACAAGAACACUAUUAAAUGCUGGAGCUCAGCGGGUUGUGGUCCUUGAAGGAGAUCGAUCUUUUCUACAUGAUCUACAUGAGCUGGAGGGACAUCUUGAUGGGCAGCUGGAGGUCGUUUAUUGUGACUACUUUAAAUUAGACCCAAUUGGCAGUGGAAAUGUAAAGCCACCCACUAUGUUCACCGAUAAGCUGUUCACUGAUCUGGGAAUGUCAGAGGCCGGCUGGACAGAUGACAUCCCAGUGAAGGUGGUGGGAAUCCUGCCUCAGCGAAAUGAACGUGGAAUGCUCCUCAAGAUGGCUUACGCUUUGUUUGAGCGGCUCUCUGUUUACAGAUAUGGAAGAAUAGAACUUAACCUUUUCAUUAGCGAAAGGGAAUACAAGAAACUUGUGGCACAGCCUGGUGAGAUGAGGUACUACAGAGCAUUUGGCGUCCUCUGGCAGAUGGCCUGUGACAUCGAACUUCUGCACAAGGAGCCCUGGGAGUCAUUUGUGGUUUCAUCAAAACAAGGUGUCCCAGCCUCUAAGGGCAUGCUUCCAAAUGAUUACUUGUGUCUGGUGCGUCUGCGUCCACGGGCUGACCUGUUCUCCAAAGGCCUCACUCCCUCUAAUGCUUCUACUCUAUUGAUGAUGAUCAAGCAAUGUUUAGCAAAGAGGAAAGUCAAACUCAUCGACAGGCUCAAUCUUUGGUCACCUGAUAGUGGAAGCAGGCUGUUAUCAGAGAUGGGCUUGCCAGAAGACAUUCUGACAGGACAUGUAUACCCUGAGGAAUACCUGCGACUGUUCCAGCUGAUGGACAAGAGCCAAGAGUUCACACAAAGCUGGCUUUAUGAAGAGAUCUUGGAAAACACACAGAGGGAGGGAUGGGCCUGAAAUGCAAAUGCAACCGGUCAUUAUCAUUGGGUUCUUUACAGAGACACAGCAGGUGGUGUUCAACACUGAAUAUACUCGUGUGAAGAAAGUAAUGAUUGCAAAGAAACUAUGACAGAAGAUUGCUUCAAAACAAAUUUAACCAUAUUCAUGAUAUUACUAGAAAACACAUUUGUUACACCAAUUCAUCAACUCAAACCUAAUUAUAAGUCACUUUUCAUAAAAUUAAAGGAGAAAGUGCUUGAAGAAACUAUAAAAACAUUCAAAAUCAUUUACAGAAAGUGACAUUCAUUUAAUACACAGAAAAACAAUGUACAAAGCUGUGUAGUCCUAAAGGAUUAAAUGCAAUAGUUUUGCAUGAAGUUAUGUAUCCAUAACAAAGCCAUUUAUAUUUUUCAUAAAAACAGUUGUGUGCUGCACCCAACUGAUGAAAAACAACACAGGGAAGCUUUUCACUGUAUAAAAUCAAGUUUUGUACAUUUUUAAUAAAUAUGUUGUAUAUGUUGAAGCUUA